AUGGAUCGAAAGACCUGGCUAGUAACUGGUGCAUCAUCUGGGCUUGGAACCUCAAUUGCCGAAGCCGCUCUCAAAGCUGGCCAUAAGGUAAUUGCAACAGCACGCAACCCAGCCAAAGCAGCUCAAGACAACCCACAAAUUGAGGAGCUUGGGGGAUCAUGGUUAAAACUUGACGUAACAGACAGCGAAACCACAAAGCUGGUUGAAAACGCAAUUCUCCAGGCUGGGGGCUCAAUUGACGUGGUUGUUAAUAAUGCCGGCUACUCUCUGCUUGGGAGCAUUGAAGAUAUGAGCGAGAGCGAGAUUGAGACACAGUUCAGUACGAAUGUGUUUGGUCCUGUACGCGUACUUAAAGGGACACUGCCUUUCAUGCGGGCCCAGAGAUCCGGAACUGUCGUCAAUGUGAGCAGCAUUGCUGGUAUUCAUGCGCAGCCUUCUUGUGCGAUAUAUUCGGGGUCAAAGUUUGCUUUGGAAGGAAUGUCUGAAAGUCUCUCAAAAGAGCUCCAACCCUUUGGAAUUCGAGUCAUUCUUGUUGAACCCGGCGCGUUUCGGACAAACUUCCUCUCUGCAUUUGUCGAGCCGGCUGCAGGUCAUAACAAGGAUUAUACCGGGACACCACUGGAUGCGACGCUUCAGAAGUUCAGGUCAGCGAAAGGCAAGCAACCGGGUGACCCUAUGAAAGGGGCUCAGAGGAUCCUGGAAGUUGUGACUGGCACAGCUAUGGGUGUUGGAAAGGAGAACCUGCUGCGAUUGCCACUUGGCCCAGAUUGCCUCAACCGCUUCCAACAGAAGGUGGAUGAGCUGCAACACAACUUAACGCAAAUGAACGAGAUUGCAAGUUCCACGGAUAUUGAAUAA